CCCGCGGGGGCUGUUAAACCGUCGCCGCGCGGGGGCCCCUGGGAGCGCCCCGGCGGUGACCUCCCCGGAGGCUCAUCCCGCCCCGGUCUCCCUUCGCGCUGAAGCGACGCCUCGGAGCACCCACCUGUUGCGUCCGCCCUGAGAGGCUGAAUUUGGAUGACCGAUCAGCAAAGUGGACACCUGUUGCAAAAUUUUGCGGCCCCCUAAAGUGUGGGGGGCCUUAGGUCAUAAAAACUAAGCCUUUUAUCAGCAAGUCGGACACUCGUUGCGAAAUGUGGGGGCGGGCCCUAAAGUGCGGGGGGGGGCACUUAGGGGUUAACUUUCAUGACCCAUCAGCAAGUCAGACACUUGUUGCAAAAUUUAGGGGCCCCCUAAAGUGUGGGGCCUAGGUUUGCCCCCCUCUAAGGCCGGCACUGCUGUGCGGUUUGCAACAAAAUGCUUCACUCCCAUCAUUUAGUUGCUAGUGCCACCAAGUGGCCGGUAACAACAAGUCUUUGUACCAGGACUUGUCCUCCCUCUGGACCGCAAAGGUAUUCUGUGAAGGUGGAAUUAUGCCUCCCACUGCCAGAAAAAGCAAAUGUGGACUCAAUGGGAGGCUUACAAAUCUGAUUGUAGGUGUGUACUUAACCUCCUCUUCUCAUUAAGUCUCUGUCACCUUAGGUUCUAUUGAAGGGGAACUCUUGUCUCCAAUUCUUUAUGAACAAUUUAGGCUUAUUUUACUCUAUGACCUGGCUGCUUAAAAUAGGUGUGGUAUCUUGGAGGCCAUGGACUUUGAGGAAGCAACUGUUUUUAUCCCCCAGGCAGUCUGUGCCUCUCUUCCAAGUAGCAGGGAAGAAGACUUCUCGUGAUCUUCUUGCACUAAGUGAGACAGAAUUAGAAGAACAGUUUGUAAGAGGUAGUGGCCCUGGAGGCCAAGCAACUAAUAAAACAAACAACUGUGUUGUCUUGAAGCACAUUCCAUCUGGGAUUGUAGUCAAGUGUCAUCAAACUAGAUCAGUGGAGCUGAACCGAAAGAGAGCUAGAGAGAUACUGCAAGAAAAAGUUGACCUAUUUUACAAAGGUGAAGAUAGCGAUGUUUUCAAAGAGAAGAUGGAAGCAGGGAACAAAAAGCAAGAGAAGAAAAGAAAAGCAAAGGAAAACCUGGAAAGGAAAAAACAAUUUAAAGAAAUGCAAGAACUGGAGAACAAGGAACUGUGA